AUGAAGUCCCUGACUUGUCUUGCUGUGGCCGCAAUUGCCGCUGUAUGUGCUCAUGCAGCUCCCACUACGGAGGUCCAAGAAGCCAAUGGCAUUGACAAGCGUGCAAACACCCCAAACAGUGCCGGAACUCAUGAUGGCUUUUAUUAUUCCUGGUGGACUGAUGGCGGAGGCUCGUCAUCUUAUGAGAAUCUCGCCGCAGGAAAGUAUAGAGUUUCCUGGUCUGGAAACGGCAAUUCUGUAGGCGGCAAGGGCUGGAAUCCCGGCAGGUCUGCGAGAGGUAUUGGGUACUCGGGAACCUACAGUCCGAAUGGGAAUAGCUACCUUGCGGUUUAUGGCUGGAUGCGCAACCCACUCGUUGAGUAUUACAUUGUUGAAAACUUUGGUACUUAUGAUCCAUCUUCGGGGGCCACAGUCAUUGGAACAGUGACUUGCGACGGCGCUGAGUAUACUUUGGCGAAGAGUAUGCGAUACAACGCGCCGAGUAUCGAGGGAACCAAGACCUUUCCGCAGUACUGGUCGGUCCGGAAGAGCAAGCGCACUGGCGGCACUGUUCAAACCGGGUGUCAUUUUGACGCUUGGAGCAAAGCUGGAUUGGCGAUGGGCAGUCACGAUUACCAAAUUGUAGCUGUUGAGGGCUAUCACAGCUCCGGAUCAGCUGAGAUAACAGUUCGGGACUGCGGUUCAUGCUGA